UGAGCAAACACCCAAGUGGGACAGUGAAGGAGCUUCAGAGGAAGAAGGAAAGUCUGUGAAUUCCCCACUGCCUGCCUGAAGGGCAAAGAGAAAGUGGCAGACAGUAGAUAAAGCAGAAGACUCCCGUGCCUACAAAUAAGGUUGCAAGGAGACCAGUUGGACCACAGCCAGGAUGAUGAUGUUUGAUACUUGCAAGGAGCCAGACCUGUGUGUUGUCUAUGGGGAACCCAUCAGGCCAAAGCCCAUCAUUCAUAAGAGAUCGGAAGGUCAGCAGAAAGCCCACCCAGUCGAGGAGGAGGAGGAUGUACCCCUUUUUCGUGGGGAAAGUUUCAGAGCCUCCUGGGAAAUCACAGUACAGACAAAUUCUGGUGCUGCUAAGGAGCAGGAUGUGUGCAUUGUGGGUGAGGAAAACAUCUGGCAGUACCCCAACAUCUGCGAGAGAAAAGCAUAUUUGCAGGAAGCCCACUCAGUGGAGGGUCCCGUUCACAGCAAACUAGACUCCAGUGCCCCCAGUGAACCUCCAGCCCAGACUGUUGUUGAUGCCACAGCCAGGAUGAUGAUCCUUGAUACUUCUAGGAAGCCAGACCUGGGCAUUGUCUAUGGGGAACCCAUCAGGCCAAAGCCCAUCAUCCAUAAGAGAACGGAGGGUCAGCAGAAAGCCCACCCAGUCGAGGAGGAGGAGGAUGUACCCCUUUUUCGUGGAGGAAGUUUCAAAGCCUCCUGGGAAAUCACGGUACAGACAAUUCCUGGUGCUGCUAAGGAGCAGGAUGUGUGCAUUGUAGGUGAGGAAAAUAUCUGGCAGUGCCCCAACAUCUGCGAGAGAAAGGCGUGUUUGCAGGAAACCCACUCAGUGGAGGGUCCCGUUCCCAGCAAACUAGACUCCAGUGUCCCCAGUGAACCUCCAGCCCAGGCUGUUGUUGAUGCAGCUAAGGGACGAGACCUCUGCAUUGUGUAUGAGCAAGGUGUCCUACAAAAGCCCACCGUCCGUAUCAGAACUGGGUAUCCUGAGGAGGAAGACUCAGAGGAGGAUAUAGAUAUGCCUAUUCCAGGCAGAGGAAAUUGGAAAGGCCCCAAUGAAUCCACCUUCCAGCCCGUUCUUGAUGCCACCAAGGAACAAGACUCCUGCGUUGAGGAAAUGGUUAGUCAGAAGUUCGUUUUUCAAGGGAGAGCCCCCAGUGAAGCCACAGUUCAGAGAGGUAUGGAUACUGGCGUUGAGCAGUGGAGGCAGAACAGAAAGAAAUCUUUGGUGAAAGCACAGGAUGAGAUGGUGGAACAGAACUACCUGAGUCAGGAUGGACCAAGGAGGGGAAAGAGAAGCCACACAGAACGGAAGACAGAUGGAUCCAUCGUUCCUCAAAGUGGCGUCUUCACUGAGCAAGGAGAACAACCAGAAAACAGAGAUGCUUUGAAAGCGUCCACAGAGGAGAAAAGCAAUCAAAGGGCAGAGUCUGGAGGAACAAGCAGUGGGAGCAGAAACAAUGGAAACAGCCCCAGAUGCCCUACAGAGGUGAAGCGGUGUGGAAAGAGCUUCAGGUAUCAGAAGCAGUUUGCUGCCCAUCAGAUGAUUCACACAGGACAGAAACCUCAUAAAAGUGCAGACUGUGGAAAGAGCUUCCGCUUGAAAAGUGACCUUACACAACAUAAAAGAACCCACACAGGGCGAAAGCCUUUCAAAUGUUCUGAGUGCGAUAAAAGCUUUACUGCGAACGCAAGCCUUACACAACAUAAAAGAACUCACACAGGGGAGAAGCCUUUCAAAUGUUCUGAGUGCAAUAAAUGUUUUGCACACAGCUCAAACCUUAAAGUACAUAAAAGAUCUCACACACGGGAAAAGCCUUUCAAAUGUUCUGAGUGCGAUAAAUGUUUCGUACACAGCUCAUACCUUAGAAUACAUAAAAGAAUUCACACACAGGAGAAGCCUUUCAAAUGUUCUGAGUGCGAUAAAUGUUUCACACAAAGCUCAUACCUUACAGUACAUAAAAGAACUCACACAAAGGAGAAGCCUUUCAAAUGUUCUGAGUGUGAUAAAUGUUUCGCGCAAAGCUCAUACCUUAAAGUACAUAAAAGAACUCACACAGGGGAGAAGCCUUUCAAAUGUUCAGUGUGUGGUAAGUGUUUUUCUCGAAGGUCAAUCCUUACUAAACAUCAAAGGAUUCACAAAGGUGAGAGAUCCCAUGAAUGCUCAGUGUGUGGUAAAUGCUUCAGUCAGGAGGCAAACCUUACUAAACAUCUAAAGCUUCAUAGGAGGAAGACACCUUUUAAGUCAUCACUGGGUAGAAAAAGCUUUACUAAGAGCUCAAAUCUUCCUAGUCAACAAAUGAUUCGCAAAAAAAAGUAUAAAUGUUCAGCUUGGGGGAAAAGCUAUACUAAGUGGUCAUACCUUACCAAACAUAAAAGAAUACCACACAAAGCAGAGAAACCCUAUAAAUGCAAAGGGUGUAGAAAAUGUUUCAGUAGCAGGUCAAUCCUUACUAGACAUAAGAGAAUCCUACACAGAUGGAACAAAGUCUAUGUAUGUUCCAAGUGCAGUCAAUGUUUCCGUUCAAGGAGACUGCUUAUUACACAUCAAGGAACCCACACAACACAAAAACCUUUUCAAUGCUCAGAGUGUAGAAAAGCCUUCAGUCAGGAGGCAAAUCUCCUUAGACAUCAAAGAACUCACACAGGAGACAAACCCUACGAAUGCCCUGUGUGUAGAAAAAGCUUCAGUGAGAGCGCAGGUCUUUCCAGACAUACAAGGUCUUGCCAUACAGGGGAGAAACUGCACAAGUGUGAACAAUGUGGAAAGAGCUUCAUUCGUAAAUCAGACCUCAAGAGGCAUCAAAAGGACCACACAAGGGAGACGCCCAACCAGGGUUCAAAUCUCAGUGAAGGUUUAGAUGAUGAAUCAAGACCUCAUGAAGGUGAGAACGCACAGCGGAUGGAAACCAUGUAACUUCUUCAACUAUCCUAAGAAGGUCGCAUCCACACAAUACU